AUCGCUCUCUAAACAUUUUAAAUUCGCUUCCAUACCGCACGUCAAAACAACUCCGGAGCGUUUUCUUCUGUUACAUUACUACCAAAUACAUCAGCUGCAACAUUUAUUGAACGCUUUCGAUACUCUGCAAUUCCCGUGAAUUGCUCACCGCAUGCAAAGUUAAUUUCUAAAAGCCCGUUCCUUCGAAAUUUACACAAGUAUUAAGCUUUCUUCCCCCAAAAAUCGAUCCAGCGGCCACUGAGAAAUUAAUGUAAAUUCUUCUACCAAUUCAUGAAUACGAGAAUAGGUCUAUGAUUUUUUGGGCAUGGCGACGGCCGCAUUCAAAUCCACAACGAAGCGAACCCAAGUCGGUUCUCAAGAAAAUAACACCAGUUUAGCUGCAGGCAAUAAUUCCGGAAAGCCGGGCAGCAAGCCAGCGGGUGGUCACAGGAGGUCUAGGAGCUUAAGCCAUUUCGGCCGCUACAGCUCUGAGAUCUCUUCUUCCGCGUAUUCCGUUCUCCGCCAAAUUGACAUUGACAAUAAGGAUGAGGAGCUUAGCGAUAAGCCCUCUGAUUCUAGCAAUGUCAGCCCCAUCAGGGGCUCCAAUGUAGGGCCCUUCGUUAAUACUGUGCGUGGCUCCUCUGCAGCUGUUGAUUCCCCGCCCGUCAGAGAAACGCAAAGGGGACGGUCAGUUUCCCGUCAUCAGACGGAUAUAGCUGCUGAUAACUAUUCUGAGGCGGAAAAGUUGCAGAGGAGAGGCCGGUCAGUCAACAGAUAUGGUGCCUCUAAUCACACUGCAAACCCUUCCAAUGAUGGAAGGAGGAGGCAGCGUUCUGUGUCUGUGGUUCGGCAACAUCAGUACAGUGACUCCACAUCUGAGAGUGACAUGGAUGCAACAUAUCAGUGGACUUCAUCGAACAGACCCAAAAAUAAUGCUGCUGUUGAGGGUCAAAGACACAUUUCUGAGAAGUUAUCAGGAAGGGAUGUUGUUAAGCCUCAGCGAGGAUUAAGAAGGUGCUCAAGUCAAACGGAUUUAUCAAGAUCUUACGAUAACCAUUCUAGCUAUGGAUCAUCACUGACUGAUGAUGAAGGUCUGGAUGUGACACAUAACGACCAGGGAGAAGAGAAAAUAAUAAGAGCAGUGUAUGCUCAAAUGAAGUCCUUGCGGAGUGAUCAUCCAACAGGAGACAUGGAUGCUGCUGAUUUAUUAGAAGCUAUGCGAUCAGAAGUUAGGAAUGCAAUUGCUGAACUUAAGAACGAAAUAAAACAAACUGGUGCACAGAAGAACACUCAGUCAGCUACUUCAAAGGGUUCCAGUGAUUUACUUAAGCCAAAGAGUGCCGAUGUCAGGAAAAAUUAUACUGCCAAGCUAGAACAGGUUUCAGAGAAGCGGACAAGGAAUCUUCGAACUGAGUUGGCUGUUGAAGAACAACGCCGCCAGGAACUGGGAAAAAUACUGAAAGAGUUGCUUUCAGGACCAAAACCAGCUCAAACAGAAAGACCUUCACGACGGAGAAGAAAUAGUGCAGAUAGGAAGCAGUUAUCUAAAUCCUUGAAUGAAGAAGCACAGAAGUACAUUGAUGAGUUUUUAUCUAUGCCGAACAUGGAAGACUCUGAAUUAUCCUCAUCCUUUGAGGAAGAGCAGUAUAAUGCAACUUCUCAUGGUAGAAAAAUAGAAGACACUGGAAUAUGUCAAGAAUCACUGCAAAAAAUUGAAAAUGCUGAGAAAUGUUCGCAUAGCACUCAACAUGUUCCUUUGUCGGUAGAAGAUGAUGGUGUGGUUCUUCCUUGGUUAGAAUGGGAAACCAAUCCUGAUAGUCCACCUCAGUUUAGCAGAGCAGAUUUGGAAGCAGUUAUGACUGAAAAGACCGUACAAAAUAAAUUUGCUGAGGAAGUGGGAAGUAGUAGUAGUUUUGAUGGUAAUGUUACUGUUACAAGCAACAACUAUAGCAGUGGAAGUUGGACCCCCGAUAGCAACCAUCAGCUUAACAUUUCUAAACAUGACUCUAGCAUUACUACCAGUCUCAACUUGUCUUCCACACGAAAUUCCAGAGAAAUUCGAAGUCAGGAGUAUAAGAGCAAUCUGAAAGACUCUGUGAAGCUGCUACAUGAUCAUGGUAGAUUUCCAAAGUCUACAUAUCUAGAGGAUGAUUAUAUUUCACACGUGAAUAAUGAAGUCAUCCUCAUGGAAAAGCUGAAGCUUGAGAAUCGAAUACAAUCUGGAGGAAUUUUUCUUUGUUGUACAAAUCUUUUGUGAAAACGGAAACAUCUCAUGCUGAAGUAGCGUCUACAACUCUAAUGAAGAUCAGUAGUGGUUUGUAUUGAAAAUCAAGUCGUUAGAAGAUUGAUAGCAAUUGUUAUUCCUUACAACUUACCUCAACUUUGUAUCGCAUUCUUGCUCAAUGGAUGACACACUAAUUUUAUGCAUAUUCAACAAGUGCAGAUUCCAGUUGAUGUAAUCAGUUUUGCCGAUUUCUGCAUAUGUAGUUGACAAAGAUAGUUCGGCUGGACAAAAAUUAUAUUUUGUAUGAAAAAAAGAACUUGCAAAUACAUGCAGAAGAAGAAAAUUAUAUCAAAACAUUUUCGAGCCAUUGCCAAAACACAUCAAUUCAAAUUAAGAUCGCAUUUUGUUUGUUAA